AUGGGGAAGCCAUUCAUACCGAAGAGGCGUAUCAACUGGAUGAUGGAAUCCGACAAUCAGCCACGUCUCGAAUCGUCAUGGUAUGGCCCCAUAGAAGCCUACCUAAGGGACAUUUUCACAUUGGACGAAGGCUUUAUAAUCAAGCCACAAGCGCCCUUGCGCGAGGAGGCGAACCCGAACGUUGACGCUGGACACACGUCCGAAGACUCUAUGGGAGGAAAGGUUACUAGUCGUAAAGCAGGAAAAGAGCCCAACCUCAUGAUUCCCGACUUCAUCGUGGUGCGAGGAGUAAAUCAUCCCACCAGAGCGACAAAGGAGGAUCUAGAUGCUCGGUCGGAAUUAAACGACGAAGAAAACGAGGAAACGAACGGCCCAGACUCAGACACAAUUAUUCUGGUUGUCGAAGUGAAAAAUUAUGAAGCCUCGAGGUCCUCAGCUGCUGUCCAGAUGUCAGGAUACCUUGACAGGGUGAAGUGUAAACCAGGGAUGGUCGACAAAAAGGUGCCAGGCCUGGUCGUUUGUGGCGGUGCCAUUGACAUUUGUCUGGCCAAGUAUGAGCUCAAAAGAGGUCGUAUUCAGACCUCGAUCGAGAAGCCGGCACAAUAUAAGGGGUUAGCUCUCACUGAUCAAAGUCUUGAGACAUAUCUUAAGGGGUUGAAGAUGUGA